AUGGUUAAAGCUGUUGUUGCUGGUGCCGCUGGCGGAAUUGGUCAGCCCCUCUCUCUUCUCCUCAAGCUCUCUCCCUACGUCGAUGAGCUUGCUCUUUACGAUGUCGUCAACUCUCCUGGCGUUGCCGCCGACCUGUCUCACAUUUCCACCACUGGUCCCGUCAAGGGCUACUUGGCCAAGGACGAGGCUGGUCUCAAGGGUGCUUUGACGGGCGCUGACAUUGUUGUCAUUCCUGCUGGUAUCCCGCGCAAACCUGGCAUGACCCGCGAUGACUUGUUCAAGAUUAACGCCGGCAUUGUCCAGAAUAUCAUCGAGGGCAUUGCUCAGUACGCCCCCAAGGCCUUCAUCCUCAUUAUCUCCAACCCGGUCAACUCCACUGUGCCCAUUGCCGCCGAGGUCUUGAAGAAGCACAAUGUCUUCGACCCCAAGCGCCUGUUUGGUGUCACCACCCUCGACUCUGUUCGUGCCGACACCUUCACCGCCGAGGUUAGCAGUAUCAAGGACCCCAAGUCUGUCCACGUCCCCGUUGUCGGUGGUCACUCUGGUGAGACCAUUGUUCCCCUGCUCUCCUUGACCACCCCCAACGUCUCUAUCCAGGGCGAGACCCGGGACAAGCUCGUCAACCGCAUUCAGUUCGGUGGUGACGAGGUCGUCAAGGCAAAGGACGGUGCUGGCUCUGCCACUCUGUCUAUGGCUUAUGCUGGUUUCUUGUUCGCUGAGGCCGUCCUUAAGGGCGCCAAGGGUGAGGCUGCUACUGCCGCAGCCUACAUCCACCUCGAUGGUGUUACCGGUGGCUCCGAGAUCAAACAGAAGGUUGGCGUUGACUACUUUGCCGUCCCCGUCACUUUCGGUCCCGAGGGUGCGGUCAAGGCAGAGAACAUUCUGACCAAAGCCAACGAGUACGAGCAGCAGCUGCUCAAGGUUGCCAUUGAUGGCCUCAAGGGCAACAUUUCCAAGGGUGUCGACUUUGUCGCCAACCCCCCUGCCAAUUGA